ACCGUGGCUUUGACCUAGAGGGUCGGAGCGCCGAGAAUCCACAGCCGGACAGUUCCACGCGGCCUUGGAAUGUGAGGAAGAGGGCGCCAGCUGCGGCCGACGUGGCGGCCAGCGUAUCGUUGUGGACGUACCUGUGGGAGGCGGCUCUCCCGGCCCUUCUCCGGCGACGCACGCACCCUCCCUCCCCCGCCUCCUGGCUUUCCUGGAGCCCCUCGGAGAAAAGGCCGCAGGAUUUUCAGGCAGAAGAUGGCCAAGGAAAGGAUCCUCAAAAAGUCCUUUCAAGAUAGUCUUGAAGAUAUAAAGAAACGAAUGAAAGAGAAAAGAAAUAAAAGCUUGGCAGAGAUUGGCAAACGAAAGUCUUUUAUGGCUGCACCAUGUCAAAUAACCACCAACACUUCUGCACUGCUAAAAAACUACCAAGACAACAACAGAAUGUUAGUUUUGGCUUUGGAAAAUGAAAAAUCCAAAGUAAGAGAAGCCCAAGACAUCAUCCUACAGCUGAGAAAAGAAUGUUACUACCUCACAUGUCAGUUAUAUGCAUUGCAAGAAAAACUUACUUCACAACAAAUAGAAGAACCUGCUCAGAAGCCAUUGCCAGGGAAACUCAUGGGGCAGAGAGAGAGAAAAGCAGUGUUGAGCAUCAGGCAAGUUCCUCUUCAGGAAGUUCACCUUCCAGAACAAGGAGAAUCAUUCCAAAUGCAAGAGCAAAUACCUACUAUUCCUCAAGACAGACUGGAAUUUGAUUUGGAUUUAGGCGAAGAUAUAUCUGCUGAUAACGUCUUACCUAGAACUGUAUCUCUCCGUCGCAAUACAAAGACACAUUUUAAUGAUCUGUGCGAAUUUGGUACCUUGGAUAAUUUUGAAAUCAGUCAUGUAUCAGAGCAGUUUUUUGAAUUGGAAACAAUUAGAUCUGUAGGCCCACUAGUAAACAUGCACUUAUCUGAAAAUGUAGAACAAAAUGUUUGUCAAUGGAACAAGGAUCAAAUUAACUUAUCACCAAAGCUGAUUCACCCAGGAAGAUCUACUAAAACAAAAGAAGACAUUUUUUUAGAGUAUAAAUCUGAACAAACUAAAAGUAAGUGUAGCGAUGCACAAGGCAGAAAAAGAGAAGAGAAAAGAAAAGCUAACAGAAGGAGAAAAUCAAAAUCUGUAUCUAAGUAUAAAGAGAGAAAAAGUAAAAAUAAAAAAACAGUUUCCAAAAAGAAGUUGGAUGAUUUUGUCACUUCUGAUGAUGCUUACAAUUUUAAUUCGGAAGAGGGUGUUCAUCUCACUCCUUUCCGACAAAAAAUGAGCAGUGAUUCUAAAAGAGAAGAAAAUGGCAGUGAAUCCGAAGUGAGUAUCUGUGAAUCAAGUGAUUCAGGAGAUGAUUCUGAUGACCUCUAUUUGCCCACUUGUAAGUACAGUCAAGGUCUUGCCAGCGAAUCAAAUAGGAGCCCGGUCACCAGGCCUCGAUCUAAAAGAACACUAAAAUGUAGGUAUAAAGAAGAGACAGAGGGUUUUCAGCCAACAGAAACUCCAGCCAGUGCACUACCUGAAACUCACCAGUCAACUAAUUUUGGCCUAAAGGACAUCACCAAUGUCCCCUUGAGUCCUGGAGUGAAAAUCAGAAAACUUUCUCUUUCUCCAAAGAAGAAUAAAGAAAGCCCAGCAGUGUCUCUGCCUAAGCGGAGGUGCACUGCCAGUGUGAACUACAAGGAACCCACACUUGCUUCGAAACUGAGAAGAGGGGACCCUUUUACAGAUUUGUGUUUCUUGAAUUCGCCUGUUUUCAAGCAUAAGAAGGAUUCCAGACGCAGUUCUAAAAAAAAAAAAAGUAUGAAGCAAAUACUAUGACACAUUCGUCGGAUGCUGUUUAAGUUGAUCCUCCGCCCACUUUUAAUUGGUCCAAGAGAACCUGUAAGCUAGUACACAAGGGUGCUGAACUAUUGCCAUAGAUUGUUCUCUUGACAGGGCUCUAGAUCAUGAACAAUUUCUUCAAAACUACACUUCAAAUGUGAUACUUUUUCUUAAACCUUUAAUAGAUUUAGUUGACUCUUUUAAAUAUAAAAACUGGACAUAAGCACUAUCAUUGAUUUCUUAUACUGCCUAAAAACCUUAAUUUUAGUCAAAAUGUAUCUUAUACCAACAUUUUGGAAAUUAAUGAUUAUUCAAAUUAAGUUUUUUUAUUAUAAACUUCUGGCAUUUUUCUUUUAAGUAGGGAAUGCAAGAAUGGAUGAUUUUUUAAACACAGGCUGAGGAUCUUUUGAAACUCCUUCUAUAUUUGAAUAAAACAAAUUCUUAACAUUCACAGUAGGAAAUACCUUAUUGUUUGUGGAUCCCUUAUACCGUCGUUGUAUUUAAUUUUUUAAAUAAAAACGUGUAUGAGAUCACGAUUAUAGAGAACUGAUGGUGGCUUAGGCUGAGGGAUUGGGUUAUUAACUUUGAGCCCCCAGCUCUAGAUAUAUAUUGUUCAAAGUGAUCCCUCAGCAAAAUCACAAAUUAUUAUGUGAUGGACUUUCAGGAUAGUUCCUUAUUUAGUCAGAAACCUCAAAUGUAUAAUGUCUGAAUGCCAAAGUUUUUGUUGUACUUUUGAUCAACUAAUGAGAGGGAAUUAAAUUAGUUCAGUUCUGCAAGUUCAAAGUCAAUGCUGUGUAUACCUCUUUAAACUUUCAAGCACUGUAGGUUAUCCAGUUUUAAAGAGCAAUAAAGUUUGUAUGAGAUAGUGCUUGUGUUUUUCUUCUACUGCUUAAAUAUCAAAGAGUAUGCAUCUAGUCGUCCUGCUUUCUAACUUUCACUGUUCUCAUCCUUCUUAGACAUUUCUCUCCCCACUCCUCGGUUUUCUCUAUUGUCACUGCCAUGAAACUCUUAGCCCCCCACUGUACUCUCACCCUAACACUUCUUUCUUUCAGCUUUUCUUUCUGGACUCUUCAGGUCCAUGAUCAACAAAUUCUAUUUUACAGGGGGACUCUUCCAAUCUUGACCUCAAAUAUUCUUGACUGUGUAGUCUGUAUCUUUCUGCAUUCUGUUAUCAGUCACACCCAAAAUCCUUUUAUCAGCCAAAAUUUUUCUAUUCCUGAUAGAAUCAGUGAUUCAUGUCUCCUACUCUCCCAUCACAAUCUCUUACUUUUCCUGUUUGUUUGUUCAACCACCCCCUUUCCAGCUGUCUUUAAAUUCAUCAAACCAAAACAAAAACAACUCUAGAAUGGCUAGACUUAAUUAAGAUUAAAUACAAUUUAAAAUUUCUGAGCCAUAGUAGCCACAAUUCAAAUGCUCAAUAGCCACAUAUGACUAGUGGUUACCAUAUUGGGGUCAAUGCAGAUAUUCAAUAUUUCCAUCACCAGAGAAAAGUUCUAUUGGACAAUGCUGCUCUAAGCCAGCAGUGGCCAACCUACAGCCUAUUGGCCAAAUACAGCCCUCUGUCUGUUUUUGCACGGUCUGUAAGCUACAAAUGAUUUUUCAUGUUUCUAAGUGGUUGAAAAAAAAAUCAAACAAUUGCUAUCAAUUUUGAUGAUAGAAAUUACUAAAUUUGAACCCCAGUAAAAUACAUAUCUUCGAUUUUUACCUCUUUGGCUUGCAAAGCCUAAAAAUACUCUCCAGCCCUUUACGGGAAAAGUUUGCCAACUCCUGCUCUAGACCAUUUACUGCCUUUACUUGUACUUCAUAUAUCUUUCUCUUCUGACAUUUUCUGGGCUUGUUUUGAUCCUUAACCUUCAUCUUCAAAAUAAUCAUUCUAAAUUUGAUAUUUUUGUACUUUUUAUAUUUCUGUAUUGCUGUAGUGUUUAUCCAUAGACUGUUAAGAAUUGUUUUGUAUUUUAACAUUUAACAUGAAUGUUAUAUUGUGUCUUUUUGCAACUGACUUAACAGCACCAUUUGUUUUGAGACUUUUCCAUGUUGGCAGCUGUAGGUUAUUUUCUUCGUUGUACAGUAUUUUGUUAUAUAAAUAAAUCAGACUUAUUCUUCUUU